ACCUGAGAGGCCCAACCAAGACCAAAUAUGCCCACAAAAAUUCCCCAUUUUUUUCAUCGAUUGUCCUCUGUGCGCAUCAUUUCAGACCACACAACAGAAAGCACUAGAGAACUGAAGAAGAAAGAGUAACGAUGUCUAAACAGCAAACACGGUCAUCCCCCGUAACAGGUCAAAAUAUAUGAAUUAAAAUACUCUGUUUACUUUCCCUCAAUUUCCCGUGAAUGCUCCUGCACAAAGGAAUAGCUGGCUAAAAGAAUCCUUGUUUGAUUUUCUAUUUUGAAUUAAUUUAUUACACUCCUGAGGCGAAAACCAAUUUGCCGCUGUUUUGAUCCUAAACUCCUCAAAUAACCCGACGUUUCGUCUGGUGGCACAGCCCGAUUGCUUGAUUCGUCCCACGGUGCCUGCGCGUUUCUUUGAUUUUAUUCAAAAUGCUUCCUAAAACUGCUCAAAUCCGUCUGAUGAGUUCACACCCUGAAGUAUAUGAUCCAUGCGAUGAUUCGUUUGCAUUGGUUGAUGCACUUCUAGCAGAUAGAGCCAACUUAUUAGAGCAUCGUCCUUCAAUUUGCAUGGAAGUUGGUUGUGGUAGUGGAUAUGUUAUUACUUCUCUAGCACUUAUGCUUGGGAAAGACAGUUCUGGUUGCCACUUCAUUGCGACGGACAUUAACCCUCAUGCUGUUUGUGUGACUCAUAAAACAAUGGAAGCGCAUGGGUGUUAUGCAGAGUUGGUAAUAACUGACAUUGCAUCUGGGUUAGAGACACGUUUGGCUGGAUCGGUAGAUGUGAUGGUUGUAAAUCCUCCUUACGUGCCAACACCAGAAUACGAAGUUGGUCAGUUUGGUAUUGCAUCUGCAUGGGCUGGAGGUGAGAAUGGCCGGAGUGUAAUUGAUAAGAUAUUGCAUGUUGCUGACGACCUUUUAUCAGAUAAGGGCUGGUUAUACUUGGUUACACUCGCUGUUAAUAACCCCUCUGGAAUAUGUCUUCAGAUGAGGAAGAAGGGUUAUGCUUCUCGAAUUGUUCUCCAGAGAUCUACAGAAGAGGAGAGCCUCCACAUUAUUAAGUUUUGGCGAGAUUUGGAUAUUCAGUUGGAGGUCAGUGAAUGUACAGCAUUGAACAAAACAGACCAUGGAGUGAUAUUGAACUCUCUACUUUCACGAGUUCCUCGAUUACCAUUCUGGAUUCGUGAUAACUGCGGUAGUCACUAGUGUAUUCAAGGAUGAUUUAUAAUGUUCUUACUGGAUUUCUUGCUUUCUACCAUGGAGAGAUUACCGAUGCUUUUCAGGAAGGUAGAAGCAGAGGUAGCCUUGAAUUUUCCCCCUUCCUAUCACUUGCGCGUAGAAAAGUGAACUCGUAAGAACUCGAUUUACUACAAAAUAAUCAUUCUUCUUUGAAGUAAGAGCGUAUUAUACUGUGAGAGUCAAAAUGCCAAGGAAUGCUGCAUUAACAUUUUAAUGUAAUGACACUGAUAUAACAUGAUUUUGUUGGCCAUUUUAGGUUUCUGCUCACGCAAAUGAAGUGAGAGAGAAUCCUAGAUUGGCAUUAUUCCCUUUGGAAGUCUUCUUAGGUAAAGUUUGUGUUUAAUCUUAUCACCGGAGCAGAUGAUAUUACACGAGACUUUCGUCAUUUAUCGAUUGAUUAUAAUGGUUUUUCGUUCUAUAUAUGCUUGAUUGUAACAGUGCAAA